CCAUGCCCUCAUUUUCAACCCUACCACAUGUUUGGCUGAGCCUCCUCCUCUUCCUCUCGUACCACUCCCUUGUCCUCUCCUGUCAGAUUGGCACCAGCAGCCAGUGUCAGUCUGCUCCUUUUGUACCAGGCUACAACCUGGUGGGAGAGGGCUUUGAUGUGGUCACCUCACGGAGAAAAGGAGCCUACAUGGUUGAUGUUCGGACCUACCUCACUCCAAAGGGAACCUGUACUCUCUGCUCCAACCCCCUUCAAGGCAACAAGCUGCAAAAACUUCCAGUCUCAGCAGUGGACUGGCGCCCAUUCAGCCGCUGCAAUGUUCAUUUGCACAGCAGCAGACACACCUCUAUCAGCUCACUGGUUGGAACAUACACCUACCAGGACAGCAGUGACUGGAAGGUUGGACUAGAUUUUAAGAAGUAUGUCGGCCUGGAGGUGGGGGGAACACGUUCCACUGCGUAUAACUUUGCCACAGCCAGAAGCAGAGAGGACCGCUACACCUUCAGCACACACAGAGCCACAUGUAGCCAUUACAGUUACCGUGUGUCAACCAAACCGCCCCUCAGCUCUGAGUUCGGCAGUGAUUUGGAGAGACUGCCUGCUUACUACAGCUAUUCAACAAGGGCCCAGUACAGACGGAUCAUAGAGACCUACGGAACACAUUAUAUCCGCCAGGUGUAUCUUGGGGGGCGAUACAGGCGAGUCACAGCUACACGUACCUGUUUGUCCAGGUUGAAUGGUCUGUCCUCACAGCAGGCACAUGACUGCUUAUCACUGGGUGUAAAUGUAGGCCUGGGGAAAUUCAAACUGCCUGCUAGCAAAAAGUUCUGCACCAAGAUCCUACAGAACCAGGGUGUCUCCAGCUUAUACAGCUCUGGUCUCCACCAACAUUAUACAGAGGUGGUAGGAGGCACCGGCUGGGUGGGUGAGUUUUCUCUCCUCCGUGAUGACUCCCUGGGCUAUCGUAAUUGGCUGAAAACCCUCAAAGACCACCCUGAUGUUGUCCGGUAUUCUCUAAGACCAAUGUAUGAGCUGGUGCCAUACUGGUCAAAAAGGAUCGGACUGAAGGCUGCCACAGAGCAGUACUUAAAAGACAACAGCAUCAGGAGCUCAACCAGACAACCAUACUGUGGCUACAGUAUCCCCAACCUGGAUAACCAAUGCUGCCCUAAACAGGCCUGGAGAGGAACACUGGUGGUGACCAUUGUCCGAGCCUGGCGUCUGAAAGGAGAUUUUUGGGGCAAGACUGAGGGGUAUGUCAAGAUGUGGUACGGUUCUAUCUACCGCAAGACCCGUGUGAUCAGGUCAAACUACCCUCGCUGGAACGCUCGCUACUAUCUGGGCAAGGUGGACACUCACCCUGGUCUGAGGAUCGAGGUGUGGGAUGAAGACUGGGGCAGGGACGACCGUCUGGGAUCAUGUGUGAGGUACCUGAGCCAGGGGACACACAGAUUCACCUGCCCAGCCAAGAGAGGUGGCGUUGAGAUUGUAUACACUCUGACCUGCGACCGUCACCUGACCGGGAACAGGUGUGACAAAUACAAACCAACUCCAUAGUGAGAUAUGCAUUCUGGGUAUUCUAUGCAAAUAUUGCUGGCUUUUCU